GAAUAAAAUAAAUGUAACGAUACUUUUAUCCUAGAAUAGCAUGACGAUUGCGAACAGUAGAUAAAUUUUCAUUUUACAGACAAACAUUUUUAAGCAGCAACAGAUAAAAUAAAUGAAUCAAGAUUAAUCAAUAAGAUGAAUCUUCUUCACUUACCUGAAUCAUUUAUCGAUUUUAAUUGCUAAUACAAUCAGUCCUCACUUAUCAUAUCCAAAAUUCAGGGAAAAAACCGAAAUUGUACUUUGUAUACUCGCUUGAUAUGUCGAUGAACCCUUGCAUGAACCCAUGAACCCUCAAAUUACCUUGCAAAUCAUUAUAAGUUAAUUUCACUCGUUAGAAAUAUCCUAUAAUUAAGCAGAAACGUUUCUUGCAAACGUUGCCAAAUACGAAGGAAAUAAAGCAGUCGAGAGAGUAAGCUUUACACAUGAUCGGAGAUUAUCAAUUAACGUUUGAAAUAUUGUCGGAAAAUAAUUAAUCGCGACAAUCUGAAUCAAUCACGAAAUCGACGUGUUGAUAGAACACAAAUCACAGUAUCUAUCUAAUCUUGAGACUUGCGAAAUGAACUUGUCCAGUUUUGAAAGACCGUAGUGGGGAUAUACAUAUAAAAUAGCCAUCAGCGAGAUUUUAGCAGUCUCCUUUGGCGAACAAUUCAUACGGAAUCAUGCUACUAACAACUUUGUCUCUUUUCACACUCUUAUCCCUCUCCAACGCUGGGAUACUGAGAUUUGAUCCUAGGAUCGUGAACGGAGAGAAUGCUAAAGUAGGAGAAAUCCCCUACCAGGUGUCCCUUCAAGGUAAGGACAGUUCGUUCCAUUUCUGUGGUGGAUCCAUUCUUAAUGAAAACUAUGUUAUCACCGCCGCUAGUUGUGUCUAUUACACAACAGCGGCAACUAUCAAGGUAAUUGCUGGUACGAUAAAUUUGACUGCUCCAAAGUCUGAACACUAUGUUAAGGAAAUCAUCAUUAACGAAAAGUAUAACAAAACUGAUUCAUGGAAGAACGACAUUGCUCUGCUCAAGGUCGAGAAACCAUUUGUGAAGUCCGAACAAAUUGCUUUUGUCCAACUUCCAUCAAAGAACCAAGUUGUUAAAGCCAAUGAUACUGCAGUAGUCUCUGGAUGGGGCAGACGGGGUGACUCUGGUGGUCCAUUGACUGUCAAUGGAGAACUCACUGGUCUCGUAUCUUGGUCGAGGGGUUGUGCCCUUACUGAAUAUCCCAGUGUCUAUACACGUGUGUCAGCUCAAAUUGACUGGAUAAAGUCGCAUGCCGUUUAAAUUCGACCAUUGAGAUAUAAAUCGAACGUAACAAAAGGAAAUGCGACGAGCUCAUUACGAUCUCAUGAGCGUGGAGUGAAACAUUUUCAUAAUUUGUUGUAUAUUGAAUCCGGUCUACCUAAAGUAUUAUUCUUUUUACUGUACCACAAAUAACAAUACAUUACUUAUCUAAUCAUAAUGUACACUUUUGGAAUAUUGGAAUAACAUAAAAAUUUAUAAAAAUAUAUUAGACAUCUAAAAUUAAAAUGUACUUUUUCAAAUUUUUAUUUACUUUCUAAGCUUAAUCGUGAUUAAACUUUCGAAAGUCGUAAUCUACGAAUAUUCAUAUCUGAGAGUAGGUCACUUUUAGUUCUCAUCAAUUUAAUUUCUUGUUCCCAUUAACAAACGAACCAUUAUUUCAAUAUUUUAAAUAAAAAAAAUAAAUAUACUACAACGAUUUAA